CAUUCACAAAGCAUGGCAUUCUGUGUCAGUCCGCCGUCGCGUACGCAUCUCAGCACGCCGCCAGCUGUAAACAAGUGCUAUUUCCGUAUCCCGGUUCAGUGUGAAGGGCAGUACGUUUGAGUGCGGAAGGUCGAGUUUGUGAAAAUGAGUGGAAAUUUUCUCACGAUCCCCGGCGAUGAUCCGAUUCAGCGGCGGUCGCGGGUAAUGGGGUUGGGUGGCUUUAGCCCCGGAUCUCUCGUCACAAUAGCGGAAUGUCCACAAACCGACCCCGUGAUAGCAAAGAAAAAACCCUGGACCAGAGGUUGUCUUAGAAGAAGAAAGAGUUCGUCCCUAACAGAUCUGAUCUCUUCGUUUGACACGAAGGCACAGUCCCACACUGACCUUCAGAAGGUCACAGCAUUCAGCGGAUCCUUCGACAAAAACCACAAACCCACAUUCUCCAAAGAGGAAUAUGGCAAACCGAUCCCGGGGUCAAUGACCGAGUUCCGCGGUGCGCAGGCGCAGGCUCGAGUCUGCAACGAGAUGAAGGAGCUGUGCCAGAUCAUCCACGACUACGGCAAGACGCCGCCCAAGGGCAUGUUCCCCCCCGAAUUAGACAGCGCCACCAAAGUCAUCUCCUUUGGCGAACUAUUUACUAUCUACACCGUGAUCUCUGACAAGCUCGUGGGCAUCCUCAUCAGAACGAGGAAGCACCAGCUCACAUACUUCGAAGGAGAAGUCCUAUUCCAGAAACAAGACGACGACGUGCCCAUAUUCCUGAUGAUGCCCAUCGCUGACAUCCGCGUGUACUGCGACAAUAAAGCGAAUGCGGCGCGGAGGUCGGUGUCCCCCAUGCCGAACUUCACAGAAUAGCGCCCCCCAGACCAAUCAGUGAACAUUAUUAUUCUGAUGCUAAGAUUUGUUUUCCACGCCGUUCUAUAGUGCGGCAAACAUAUCUGUUCCGGUGAGAGUGAACUAAAUUGAUCCAUAUCUCAUUAUUUACUAAUGAUUUAUAUAAUUAUAUAGAUAGAUUAGAUGGGUUUAUUAAAACCACAAGAGCGAAUCACCACGACUGGCAAACUUAAAAUCUUAUAGAAUUAAGAAAUAUUAGACAUUUACGUGAGCUGUAACCGGAACAGAUAAGUUUGUGGCACUGUAUACACAAUGACAUAUUUUGUAAGACGUGGAAACAGAUUAUGGUGUUAAAGUCGCCACUGUUACCCAGCGUUAUCGGUUCACAAAUACUCACAAAUAUGUACAUUUUACUAUUCACUGCUCAAAAGGUCUGAAAACCUCCCACAAGGCCCUCAGACACAAUAGACAAACAACUUUACUAGUUAUGUCUAUUUAUGUGAAUUUAUUCAAAAACUCAGUUCAAAAUAUAUAGGUACCUAUGAAGAACUUAACAGUACUUAGUACAAUUCCGUGAAAUCAGACACUAUUAAAGUCUAUUGAGUCUCACCCACGGAGUUCUAUAAGAUUACACAAUGUAUUUUAUAUGUAUUUAUUAAGUAUUUUGUGUUAUAAACAAAAACAAGCCAUAAAAUUGUUUACCUUGGGGAAUGGCUAGUGUAUACUGGCGACGCGUCGGCAGUCAAAGAAUCAAAAGCCUUAGGUACAGUAGUGUACCUUUUUCAACGUUGCAUUGGGGAAAACUGUUGUAAAAUUUUACUCUAUAUAUCCACUAUUUUGUAGUCAAUCUCGGUGGAUUAGAUCCAAAACAAUAUUUUUAAUGGAUUAGAACCAUCAAAGAGCAGGCAAUUAGUGAUUCUUUGCUAGCUUUUAGGUUUUAAAUUCUAGUCAUAUAUUUUACUUACUGUUUUUAUUUUAUUAUUAACAUAAAUGUACUUGUACUCAUAAGGUUUAAUAGUUUAAUAAUUAUACUUAAAUACAACAGCGGUUCCCAAAUACCCCUAAUUCCCUACAGAACCCAUUUUUUCGCAAUUUUUUUAACAAUUUUCGCAACAAUUCUUUGAUUUUAGUCAUUUUAAAUCAUGCGGAAGUUGCGGAACCUUUAAGGACCUUUCACGGAACCCCUGUGUUUCACGGGACGCUAAUUGGGAACCACUGACAUACAGAAUCUCCGGAUGUCCUAGGGUAUAAUUAUGUUAAUUAGUGUUUCUACUUAGUUAUAGUGUAGAAACACGAAUAUUAUAAAGAGGAAAUAUUUGUACUUUUAUGUGAAUGUUUGUAAUGAAUUAACUCAAAAACUACUGUGUCGAUUUCGAAAAUUCUUACCAUUAGAAAGCUACGUUCACUUUGAGUAACAUAAGCUAAACUUUUUAAGGCAAAUCGAAGCUCGCACCAUAAUUGUGACAUUUGUGACACUAUAGUAAAAUGUCACGUAACCAUUUUUUUUUUAUAGAGAACCUAAAUUGUUUUUCCUGACUCUCCUGAGUUAACACUUAGGCAUUUAGACCCACAGGGAAUAUCUAUUUAGACUAGACUUGUUUAUAGAACCUAACUUCAGUAUACUUACUUUUUACUAAGACAGCGAGUUGAUUCAUUAAAACAUUCAGAGAAUUCCCAUUAUUUAUUAUGAAUUAUUCAUGAUCUAUGAAAUUGAGUUUCAGAUUUUUAUCAGACGGAUUUUAAUCGAAAAUUAUCCUUUAAUAGGUUUAAUGCAAUCACAAUGACAAAUACAUAAGAUCUAUUAUAUUUUAGUUCUUAUUGUAUGCUGGAUAAUAUUAUGACACCAUAGUUACCACUUAUCUAAUAUUAUUGUAUGUGAGACCAAACGAAUGACUAUAUUGAAAUUACUUUCGGGAUAUAUAUAUUAUUGUUGUUAUGUACUCGUAAGAUGAUGCUGUAAAAUAUUAUUAUAGAAUUAUUAUUUAUUUUGUAUAAGUGUAUCAGUUUGAAUAUAUUUAAGAAUGACAA